AGGAGGAGGCGCGUCAGUUACAUAUGCAGACAAAAAUAAUGGAUAAAAACUAAACCGAUUGCAAUUGUGUUGCCAAUAUAAUAAUGCUUCUGUCGCUAAAAAGGGACAAAAAUACAAAUUAAAGUAUAUAGAAUUGUCAUCUGUAGAUUUAAACACGUCAGGACAAGGGACAUCUCCAAUGUUUGGUUAUUUGAAAAACAGGAGGGGAUGGAAUCGAUCGUUUGAACGCAUGCACGCACUAGUCUCGCACUCGCAGUCUCGCAGUGCAUGGUGGCCGCACGGCGAACCGCUGUGAUGAUUUUGCAAACCUUUAGAUUUAGAUAAUUUGCAGCAACGCGAAAAUGACAGACUAUAACGAAGAGCAAAGAAAUGAACUAGAAGCAAUUGAGUCGAUAUACCCAGACUCGUUCACAGUGCUUUCGGAGGAUCCCAUCAGCUUCACUAUUACUGUAACGUCAGACGCGGGGGAAAAUGGUGAAACUGUAGAAGCCACUUUAAAGUUUACAUAUGUAGAAAAAUACCCUGAUGACCCCCCACUGUGGGAGGUCCACUCCCAAGAGAACCUGGAAAACAGUGAUAUGGAGGACAUUCUCACAAUACUAAAGCAACAGGCAGAAGAAAACCUGGGAAUGGUGAUGAUUUUUACCUUGGUGACAGCUGUGCAGGAAAAACUCAACGAAAUUGUGGACCUGAUGAAGACCAGACGAGAAGAGGAGAAACUGCGGAAAGAGAGGGAGGCGGAGGAAGCAGAGAAGGUAGCAUUUCAGGGCACAGUGGUAACAAUUGAGAACUUCCUGGCAUGGAAAGCCAAGUUCGAGCUAGAAGUGGCUGAAAUCCGACGGAAAAAACAGAAAGAGGAAGAGCAAUCGGGCAAAGCAAAACUCACAGGCAAACAACUGUUUGAGAGGGACCACAAUCUGGACACGUCAGACAUCCAAUUCCUUGAAGACGCUGGAAACAGUGUUGAGGUGGAUGAAUCAUUGUUCCAGGACAUCGACGACUUGGAUUUGGAGGAUGACGACCCAGACUUUGACCCUUUGGAAAUGGGCAGUGAUGAGGAUUAAAACAGUUGUAUAAAAGAAUGGACAUGGAAAUUGGCGAUGAAUGAAACUUGAUCAGACACAUGAAGAUUCAGUAAUAAGACUUUUCAGUAGUUACAAGGGGAAUACUUGUCAUACGGUCAUAAUUUUGUUUUUAUUAAUUCUUCUAGUUUAUAUUAGCUUUCCAGAUACAUGACUUCUUAAGUUCUGGUGCUGGCCACAAGUUUGUACUACGAACUAAUUAUGGCCAGUGUACGGUAUAUGUCAUAAAUGUACUUGUUGAAUUGAAAAUCUUGAGCAUGAAAAAGUACAAAUAAAAGUUGAUCUACUCCAUUUAUAACCAGUGGUGAAAAGUACAAUUAAAAGUUGAUCUACUCCAUUUAUAA